CGGGAGGGGCCGGGGCGGCCCCGGCGUGACGCAGCCUUGUUGCCAGGCGCCGCCUUAUAAACCUCCCUCUCGGCCGCCGCCGAGCCGAGUCCGAGCCGCGCACGGGACCGGGACGCAGCGGAGCCCGCGGGCCCCGCGUUCAUGCACCGCCUGCUGGCCUGGGACGCAGCAUGCCUCCCGCCGCCGCCCGCCGCCUUUAGACCCAUGGAAGUGGCCAACUUCUACUACGAGCCCGACUGCCUGGCCUACGGGGCCAAGGCGGCCCGCGCCGCGCCGCGCGCCCCCGCCGCCGAACCGGCCAUCGGCGAGCACGAGCGCGCCAUUGACUUCAGCCCCUACCUGGAGCCGCUCGCGCCCGCCGCGGACUUCGCCGCGCCCGCGCCCGCGCCCGCGCACCACGACUUCCUUUCCGACCUCUUCGCCGACGACUACGGCGCCAAGCCGGCCAAGAAGCCGGCCGACUACAGUUACGUGAGCCUCGGGCGCGCGGGCGCCAAGGCCGCGCCGCCUGCCUGCUUCCCGCCGCCGCCUCCCGCCGCGCUCAAGGCGGAGCCGGGCUUCGAACCCGCGGACUGUAAGCGCGCGGACGACGCGCCCGCCAUGGCGGCCGGGUUCCCGUUCGCCCUGCGCGCCUACCUGGGCUACCAGGCGACGCCGAGCGGCAGCAGCGGCAGCCUGUCCACGUCGUCGUCGUCCAGCCCGCCCGGCACACCGAGCCCCGCCGACGCCAAGGCCGCGCCCGCAGCCUGCUUCGCGGGGCCGCCGGCCGCGCCCGCCAAGGCCAAGGCCAAGAAGGCGGUGGACAAGCUUAGCGACGAGUACAAGAUGCGGCGCGAGCGCAACAACAUCGCGGUGCGCAAGAGCCGCGACAAGGCUAAGAUGCGCAACCUGGAGACGCAGCACAAGGUGCUGGAGCUGACGGCCGAGAACGAGCGGCUGCAGAAGAAGGUGGAGCAGCUGUCGCGAGAGCUCAGCACCCUGCGGAACUUGUUCAAGCAGCUGCCCGAGCCGCUGCUGGCCUCGGCGACUCACUGCUAGCGCGCCGGGGGGUGCCGUGGGGGGCGCCGCUGCGGCCACCGUGGGCUCCGUGCGCUCUGCCCCGCGCGCGCCUGCCCCGCGCGCACCGAGGGCCCCGUGCGUGCCUCGCGCGCACCUGCACCUGCACCGAGGGGACACCGUGGGCACCGCGCGCACGCACCUGCACCGCGCACCCGGUUUCAGGACUUGAUGCAAUCCGGAUCAAACGUGGCUGAGCGCGUGUGGACACGGGACUGACGCAACACACGUGUAACUGUCAGCCGGGCCCUGAGUAAUCACUUAAAGAUGUUCCUGCGGGGUUGUUGCUGUUGAUGUUUUUGGUUUUUUCGUUUUCGUUUUUUCUUUUUGGUCUUAUUAUUUUUUUGUAUUAUAAAAAAGUUCUAUUUCUAUGAGAAAAGAGGCGUAUGUAUAUUUUGAGAACCUUUUCCGUUUCGAGCAUUAAAGUGAAGACAUUUUAAUAAACUUUUUUUGGAGAAUGUUUAAAAGCCUUUUGGGGGCAGUAGUUGGCUUUUGAAAAAAAUUUUUUCUUCCCUUC